AGAGAUCAUGACUUUGGUGCUAGAACCGCCCCUGGUCUUUUAUCAUGACGUGUACUUCCACACUUUUGUCCGUUUUUCCAUCAGGGCACGGAAGUCACGCAUCAUCUCAUUUCCCUGGUCUGCGGGAAGAAAAAUAAGGAACAACGAUGUCUGACAGCAUUAGCGAUCCCAGUGAUAUGGACGUGUCCGGAGUGAUGGUGGAGUGGGACGUCGCGACUGCCGCCACCAUCGCUCACUCGGGCACAUUAAUCGGCGGCCGCUGGGUGCUUUCCGUCGCGGACACGGACCUGCUGGACGAGGUAGGCACGGCGGCGGUGUGGGUGGUGUCGGAGGACGGCGGGCGGGCGCGCGCGGACUUCCGGUGCUCGUGGGUCCUCCGGCCGCUGCCGCUGGGCGAGCUACGGCUGCGGAGCUCCGGCGCGCCGGCGGACCCUGCGCUGGUGCUGCACCGCCUGCCGGCCGGCCCGGAGCCCGGGGGGCGGCCGCCGCUGGCCGUGGCGGUGGCGCGGCCGGAGCGCGGCGCGCCGCUGCUGCUGGAGGCGACGCCGUUCGCGCACCCGCUGCUGCUGAACGCGUGGGCGCGCGGCAACGUCGCCGCCGUCGCGGGGCCCCUCUUCCUCGCAGACGCCGCCGCCGCCCCCGGCUGCCAGGGCGCGCCCGUCUUCCUCUGCAGAGAAGGCGAGCGGCGCCAGCUGCUGGGCCUGGUACUGGCGCCAACCGCGUACUGGCGAGGGCAGCCGUUCCAUUGCGCCGUGGCGCUGGCGCUCGCCGGCAUCCGCCUGGAGGCCGACGCCCUGCUGCCCUUCCACUUCGUGGUCAGCCCGCACCGCGGCCCCGUGCCGCUGCCGCGGACGGUGGAGGGCGUGGUGCGCGUGGCGAGCGGCGGCGGCUGGGGCGCCGGCGUCCACCUGGGCGGCGGGCUGGUGCUCACCUGCUCACACGUCGUCAGCAAGGCGCGGGAGGUGGAGGUGCGCGCCGGAGCGGCCGCGUGGCGGGCGCGCGUGCUGUUCGCCGUGCCGGAGGGCCGCGCCUUCGACCUGGCGGUGCUGCAGCUGCCCGGCCAGCGCGCGCUGCCGCCCGCAGUGCCCCUCGAGGACCGGCCUGCCCGCAAGGGUGAGUACAACUAG